AUCAAUCUGUUUGGUUGGGGGUUCUGGUCAGGUAUCAAUGGCUGAUAUUGUGAAGAUGGGCAGGCCGCAAGGCAAGUCUUCCAGUGCGGCAAAUGCACUUCACCAGAGUGUUAAUCAUCAUCGUAUUCAGGGAGCUCUGUCCACUGCAUCCCAUCAUGAUUUGAAUUCUUCUGGGGAUGGUGUUCCUAAGGUUUUAGAGAUGCAUCCUGAGCCAGGGUUUGCUUCAGCCCAACAUAUUUCGUCGAAUGAUGAGUGGCCCUUGAUUGAGCAACCACCAGAUGCUAGUGUGCCUUCUGGCUUGGAGUCUCCUCCAGAUUCUGAGCUGCAUCUGGAUACUUCUAACUUGCCAUUUGAUAGAAUUAACCAGCAUCCAGAAUCCCAGGCGGAUGAGGUUUCGGAAGCAGAAGAUAGUGAUAUCGAAAAUCUUGGUGCAAACCAUGUUGGACCAGCAUCUGUUUCCAGUAGAAAGAUGCAGGAGGAUAAUUCUGGAGAUGCAGCUCUCUAUGACAAUGACUUGUAUAGAAACAUGGGUUCAUACCAACAUCAAAAUCAUGCUUUCGAGCAUCAGGAAGUUGAAGAUGUUGGUGUCUCGGUAUCAUCAGUGACUUGCUAA